CUCCUUCAUCUAAAAGCUGUCAUCCUGAGCGGUACUGAGUCGACGGCUCAAUCCCUAAACGCCCGGAUGAGAGCGGCAGGCGACAUUCGGGGCAACACAGUCGCAUGAGUCGACCGACUGGAAGGCAACCAGUCCAGGGGGGGACGACAGCGAGUGCAGGAAUCUGAAAAUUUUCGACGCAACCCACGUAGAUCGCUGUGGGAAAAAUUCAGACAGAGGCGUGGAGGCGAAGAGGAGCGGCGCGUUCCCCUCCUCUUGCGGUGUCCUAUUUCGUUGCAGGUGAAAGAACGUGCAGACCGACUGUCUCACACUAAGCUAUGGAAUGCUCUCUGCUCCCACCAUCACUAACCUCCAAUCUUUGGACUGAGCUCCAAACGCUUAGUUAGCGGCUGUGCUUCUCCCCUCAGACUCUUUAUAACCAGGGGACGAAGAGAAGGUGUGGGCUUACCAAGUCCUCCGCUAAAAACGCACAGAGCACUUCAUCUUUUUUUUUUCUUCUUCUUCUUCUUUUUUUUGUAGAUAUUUUAAGCAGGAUUUUUGUUUCUUUGCAUAUUUUUCUCACCUGAAAUCAUAUCAAGAUGGAUCUGGAGUCGUAUCUGUGGAUGGUGGUUAUUGGCUUCAUCAUUGCCUUCGUCCUGGCAUUUUCAGUCGGAGCUAAUGAUGUGGCCAAUUCAUUUGGCACAGCAGUCGGAUCCGGCGUGGUCACUCUGAAGCAGGCCUGCAUCCUGGCAUCCAUCUUCGAGACGCUGGGUUCAAUGUUGCUCGGGGCCAAAGUGGGAGAGACGAUUCGGAAGGGCAUCAUAGAUGUCAGCCUCUACAAUGACACGGUGCCCGUGCUCAUGGCAGGCGAGGUCAGCGCCAUGGUUGGGUCAGCCGUCUGGCAGCUAAUCGCCUCCUUCCUCAAGCUCCCCAUCUCUGGGACUCACUGCAUCGUUGGCGCCACCAUCGGCUUCUCUAUGGUAGCCAUCGGCACAAAGGGAGUACAGUGGAUGCAGCUUGUCAAGAUUGUGGCGUCUUGGUUCAUCUCCCCCUUGCUCUCUGGACUCAUGUCUGGACUUCUCUUUAUGCUCAUCAGACACUUCAUCCUCAACAAGGAUGACUCUGUUCCAAACGGACUGCGAGCAUUGCCCCUCUUCUACGCCUCCACCAUUGGUAUCAACACAUUCUCCAUCAUGUAUACUGGAGCGCCAUUGCUGGGGUUGGAGGCGCUACCGGUGUGGGCCAUCUUUCUCAUCACGUUAGCUGGCUCGCUGGUCUGCGCAGCUCUGGUCUGGAUAUUGGUCUGUCCCUGGAUGAGGAGAAAGAUUGCAAGUCGUUUAAAGAAAGAGCAGGCUCUGUCGAGGAUUUCUGAUGAGAGCCUGGACAAGAUCCCUGAAGAGGAGGAGGAGAGCCCCGUCUUCAAAGAGUUACCAGGGGCGAAGGGCACAGAUGAGGCUGUGAUGCCGCUCACAGGCGGCAGCAGUGACCGGGGCACCCGCGAAUCCAGCAGCGAGCUCACCAACCUGGCAAAUGGAGGCACUAUCCUGCCAAACGGCAGGGUGUAUGGUCGGACACACUCAAUGACGAACGGCAGCCUCAAAUCCCCCAUCUCUAACGGCAGCUUCAGCUUCGAUGGCCACAUGCGUAGCGAUGGCCAGGUGUACCACACGGUGCACAAAGACUCGGGUCUGUACAAAGACCUGCUUCACAAAAUCCACCUGGGCCGCAUGGAUGACAACGAGCGCUCCAACGCUGGCCCGCCUGACAACAAUUACCGGCUGCUGCGCCGCAACAACAGCUACACCUGCUACACAGCGGCAAUAUGCGGCAUGCCCGUCCAGCCGAUGCGCUCCGAAUCACGUGAGGACAGUGAAAAGCUGGUUGGUGAGGGAGGCGGCAGGAGCAACAGCGUGUCUUACUCCAAAAAGCGGAUACGCUACGACAGCUACUCAUCGUACUGUAACGCCGUGGCCGAGGCUGAGAUCGAGGCCGAGGAGGGCGGAGUGGAGAUGAAGCUUGCCACAGACCUGGAAGGGGUGGAGGAAGAAGGGGCUGCACCCCCAGGGCCGGACGACUUGGAGGAUCAGGAGGAGAAGGACAAACCUGAGGUGUUUCUGCUUUUCCACUUCUUGCAGAUCCUCACCGCCUGCUUCGGUUCUUUCGCCCACGGAGGCAACGAUGUCAGUAAUGCCAUUGGGCCUUUGGUGGCACUGUGGAUGAUCUAUGAACAGGGAGGUGUGAUGCAGGAUGCUGCCACUCCUAUCUGGCUGCUGUUUUACGGUGGUAUAGGCAUCUGUGCCGGCCUGUGGGUAUGGGGCCGCCGCGUCAUCCAGACCAUGGGGAAGGACCUCACUCCCAUCACCCCCUCAAGCGGAUUUUGCAUUGAAGUAAUGAGUGCGCUAACAGUGCUUGUUGCAUCAAAUGUGGGCAUCCCAAUAAGCUCCACCCACUGCAAGGUGGGCUCAGUUGUGGCUGUGGGUUGGAUCCGCUCCCAGAAAGCAGUGGACUGGCGCCUCUUCAGGAACAUCUUCCUGGCGUGGUUUGUCACGGUGCCUGUGGCCGGCCUGUUCAGCGCCGCCGUCAUGGCCCUGUUUGUCUACGGCAUCCUGCCCUACGUCUGAGGGUGCAACGCCGGGAGGGAGAGCAGAGGAGGAAAAAGAGAGUCGGGGAGAGAGAGAGAAAGAGGGGGAAACUUGGGUAGAUGUCAUAUCUCGAAUGUGUGGGUUGCAGAUAGAAGAGAAGGAAGAGAGUCGACGCACAAGGGUGACGAGGAAUAAGGGAGGAUGGUUUACAGGUGGACUUGGUUGUACUGUAGAUGUGAGGAGGGUUGGUUCACAUGCUGCCUGGCUCCGUAGUCCAGAGAUCUUUUUGACUCAUUUGAGUUCCCAAUCGGUUUUUAUUUAUUCUCUUUCUUUUUGGUGGGAUUGAUUAAAAAAUAAAAGUGUAACUAGUGUACCAUUCAAUCUGCUGUACAUAAGACAAUAACAGGGGACUUACUGGUAACUUCUAACAAAACAUGUGACAGUCUCCUUAAAAAACAAAACCACGUAAAUAUAAAAAAUACAGAAAUAAAAAUGAUCAAAAAGCAGUUUAUUCUGCUAACAUAAGCCAGCAGACUCGCCUGCAGUAAAUCCAUAUCCUUCUGCCUGAAAUUCUAGGCAGCACAAUCGGUCAAGUGCUUACUUUUUAUUAUCGUUAUCAUUGUUCCAAAAUGCCAGGGGUGAAAAAAACAAAAAAAACGAAACAAAACUGUACAUAUUGUGAUAUUGGGUCGAGUGUGAUUCGUUGUAUUGCGGCUUGCUUUCAAACAAAAGAAGAAAAGAUGUGCGCGUGGUCAACCAAACCCAUCCGUCAUCUCACUUUCAACAUGCUAGCCAGGUACAACUGGGGCCAAAUGGAACGGACGCCUCAGAGAGGAGCGGUGAGACUGUCACUCUGCUUUUGUUUUUUUAUUAUUAUUAUUAUUUUUCACAUGAUACCAUAGGAACCUAAUUUACUAAAGAGUUGAUUUUUUGUUUUUUGUCAAGAGCUCCUGUAUGUUUUUAGAGAUCUCAUAUUUUUUAAUGAUGUAUUAUACUGUAAUUUGUACUGUAAAUAAUGUCCUUUAAGAGUUUGGAUGUGGGGGUCUGGGAUGGGGGAUUG